AUGGCUAGAUUCGCUAGUCCAGCCCUCCUUCCACUCAUCUCUCUCGUUCUGCUGCUGCGCUCCUGUGCAUCAUCAUCGGCACAACACACGCUGGGCGCCGGCUCAUCCCUGUCAGUGGAAGACCACGAGCGGCCCUUCCUGGUGUCGCCGGACGCCACCUUCUCCUGCGGCUUCCUCCCAGCCGUCGACGUCGACAACGCCUUCUACUUCUCCGUCUGGUUCACCGCGGCCAAGAACCGGACCGCCAUCUGGACGGCCAACCCUGGCGCCCCCGUGAACGGCCGGGCCUCCAGAAUAUCCUUCGGCCACGACGGCGCGCUGGCCCUCGCCGACGCCAACGGGACGACCGUGUGGGACAGCAAGACCGGCGGCAACAAGCGCCUCGUCGUCUCCCUUCUCGACGCCGGCAACCUUAUCAUCACGGACCCGGAAGAUUCCACCGGCGUUGCCGCGUGGCAGAGCUUCGACUGGCCGACGGACACCUUGCUCCCGUCGCAGAUACUGUCCAAGGAGAAGAAGCUCGUCGCCGGCUACUACACCCUCUACUACGACAACGACAACGUGCUGCGCCUCCUCUACGACGGCCAGGAGAUCGCCAGCAUCUACUGGCCGGACCCGGACCUCGGCGUGUUCGGGAGCGGCCGGACCAACUACAACAGCUCACGGGUCGGCGUGCUCGACGACGCCGGGGUGUUCCUCUCCAGCGACAACCUGCGAGUCGAGGCCACCGACCUGGGCGUCACCGGCGCCAAGAGACGGCUGACCGUCGAGCAGGACGGGAACCUAAGGAUGUACAGCCUGGACGCGGCCGGAGGAUGGACGGUCACGUGGGCGGCGCUGAAGCAGCCGUGCUCCGUCCACGGGCUGUGCGGCAAGAACGCCAUCUGCGAGUACCAGCCGUCCCUCCGGUGCUCCUGCGCGCCGGGGUACGAGAGGGUGGACCGCCGGGACUGGAGAAAGGGCUGCGAGCCGACCUUCACCACCAACUGCAGCGAAGCCAUGGCGCCGGAGCGGUUCAAGUUCGUCAAGGUGGCGUACACCGACUUCUACGGCUACGACCUCUGGUUCAACCAGUCCGUCACGUUCCAAUACUGCAAGAGCAUCUGCUUGAACACGUGCUCCUGCGUCGCCUUCUCCUACCGGACGGAUGGCCAGGGCAGGUGCUACCCGAAAGGCGUCCUGUUUAACGGCUACACCUCGCCGGCGUUUCCCGGAAGCAUAUACCUCAAGGUGCCUAGCGAUCUCAACGCCUCGGCACCGACGCCGUCCGGGGGCCUCGACUGCAAUCAUAAUGGUUCCGGUGCCGCCAUCGUCCGGCCAUACGCGUACACGUACGGGGUGCCAGGCAGCCACACGAACUGGUCCUACGUUUUCGCCUUCGCCGCAGCACUCGGAUUUCUCGAGCUUCUCCUUUUCUUCGUCGCCAUGGCAUGGUGGUUCCUGUCAGGGCAUGAGAGCAUCCCAUUCCCCAGCUCUCUGGAGGCAUCAGGCUAUAGGCUGAUCUUGGGGACCCAGUUCAGGAGGUUCACGUAUCGGGAGCUCAAGAGUGCAACCGGGAACUUCAACGAGGAGCUUGGCCGGGGCAGCUCCGGCGUUGUGUACCGUGGCGUGCUCGACAAGAGCACCGUCGUGGCGGUGAAGAAGCUGGCAAACGUGGUGCAGGGCGAGGAGGAGUUCUGGGCGGAGAUGACGGUGUUUGGGAGGAUCAACCAUAUCAACCUCGUGAGGAUUUGGGGGUUCUGCUCUGAGGGGAAACACAAGUUGUUGGUGUACGAGUACGUGGAGAACGGGUCUCUCGACAAGCACCUGUUCGGCGACGAUAUUGGUAAGGCGCUGGCAUGGAGUGAGCGUUUCAAGAUCGCUUUGGGUGCGGCCAGGGGCCUAGCCUACCUCCACCACGAGUGCCUCGAGUGGGUCAUCCACUGCGACGUCAAGCCGGAGAACAUCCUGCUCACGCAUGACCUCGACCCAAAGAUCUCUGAUUUCGGGCUGGCCAAGCUUUCCGGGAGGAAGGCCAUCGGCGACGGCGUACAACUCUCCCACAUGAGGGGGACGACGGGGUACAUGGCACCCGAGUGGGCGCAGAGUCUGCCCGUGGACGCCAGGGUCGACGUCUAUAGCUAUGGCAUCGUGCUUCUAGAGAUCCUGGUCGGGAGUAGGAUAUCUGACCAAACGACCAACGGGGAUCAUUUGGAGAUGUGCCAAAUCGCACAUGCACUAAAGACGGUGGUGGCGACCGGAGAUAUCGUGUCAUUGCUAGAUAGCAAGCUGGACGGGCAAUUCAACCCUCGGCAGGCCAUGGAAAUGGUGAAGAUCUCCUUGGCGUGCAUGCAGGAAAGGAGCAACCGGCCGACCAUGGAUGACAUCUCGAAAGCUCUUACAGCCUGCGAUGACGAGGACGAGCACCCUGCCUACUUGCGGUGA